UGUUAAAUAAGCAGCGCAGUCUCUUCUCUUUCCUUUGUCGGGGUCUUCGAUCGGGUCUCCUCUAUCUCAAAAUCGUUUCCCAUUUCUUUAAGCUCGCUAACCAUUUUCCUUUGCAGACUUUCCAAAUCCUAAUCCUAAUACGCAAAUCCACCUUCUUCGGAGAACAUGGGUGAAACCAGGGACAACGAUGCUUACGAGGAGGAGCUUCUCGACUACGAGGAAGAAGAAGAGAAAGCUCCAGAUUCUGUUGCUGCCAAAGUUAAUGGCGAAUCUGCUAAGAAAGGCUAUGUUGGAAUACACAGUUCUGGAUUCAGAGACUUCCUUUUGAAGCCGGAGCUUCUACGGGCCAUUGUGGACUCCGGAUUUGAACAUCCUUCUGAAGUUCAGCACGAGUGUAUCCCCCAAGCCAUCUUGGGAAUGGAUGUCAUCUGCCAAGCUAAAUCUGGGAUGGGAAAGACUGCUGUGUUUGUUCUGUCUAGUCUCCAGCAAAUUGAGCCUACAUCUGGCCAAGUUAUUGCUCUUGUCUUGUGUCACACUAGGGAGUUGGCUUACCAGAUAUGCCAUGAGUUUGAGAGGUUCAGUACUUACUUGCCUGAUAUCAAGGUUGCUGUCUUUUAUGGUGGUGUCCAUAUCAAAGUUCACAAAGAUCUAUUGAAAAAUGAAUGCCCACAUAUUGUUGUUGGGACACCUGGAAGAAUACUCGCAUUGGCAAGAGAUAAGGAACUUUCAUUGAAGAAUGUGAGGCAUUUUAUUCUUGAUGAAUGUGACAAGAUGCUUGAAUCACUCGACAUGAGGAAAGAUGUGCAGGAGAUAUUCAAGAUGACUCCUCAUGAUAAGCAAGUUAUGAUGUUUUCUGCAACACUCAGCAAAGAAAUACGCCCAGUUUGCAAGAAAUUUAUGCAAGAUCCUAUGGAAAUUUACGUUGAUGAUGAAGCCAAGUUGACCCUUCAUGGUCUUGUACAGCACUACAUCAAAUUGACUGAACUGGAGAAGAACCGGAAGUUGAAUGAUCUCCUUGAUGCUCUGGACUUCAAUCAAGUUGUUAUUUUUGUCAAAAGUGUGAACAGAGCAGCUGAGCUUAACAAGUUACUUGUUGAGUGCAAUUUUCCCUCUAUUUGCAUCCAUUCUGGCAUGUCCCAAGAGGAAAGGUUGACACGCUACAAGGGAUUCAAGGAGGGGCAUAAAAGGAUUCUUGUGGCCACAGAUUUGGUUGGACGGGGAAUUGAUAUUGAACGGGUAAACAUUGUCAUCAACUAUGACAUGCCAGACUCCGCUGACACAUAUUUACAUAGAGUUGGUAGAGCUGGUAGAUUUGGAACUAAAGGGCUUGCAAUUACAUUUGUAUCAUCUGCAUCAGAUUCUGAUGUUCUGAAUCAGGUCCAGGAGAGGUUUGAGGUGGACAUAAAGGAGCUUCCUGAACAGAUUGACACAUCUACAUACAUGCCUUCUUAGAGGAGUUUCACUUGGAAACAUGAACGUUUUGAGGGCAAAACCAUAUUUUAUUUGUGGCAGAGGCUUUGAUGUUAUUAUGUCGCUCUUCAAAAUCCUACUACGUAGUACUUGUAUUGGACAAUAGAAGGCAGGAUCUCUACUCAAGGAUUUCGGUAUAUUUUCUUUUGGGGGGGUGGGCAGGCUGGAUGAUGGGGAAAAUAGCAAGGUAGACUUACUAGAGAGUUCAUUAUGAAGAUGGUAGCCUCAAUUUAUGCUGAUAACUAAUUCAGAAUUGGAGGUAAUAUGGUCAAUGUAGGCGAGUGGUGCUCUAGUUAACGGGAUUUUAUGUGUAUAUUUUUUAAUGCCUCGAAUCAUUUGGUAUUUUUGAUAUUUGCAUCGGUGAAGAAUGAUAACAGUGAGCAUGUUUGUAUCUGUGUUGCGGGUUGGAACGGUAUCCAGUUUCGUGUUUUUGUAGGGUUGAAGUUCAGAAUUUUAGUAAGAAAAAAUUAGUAUGAUUAUUUCCCAAUUUGUAAUUGUAAAACUUAAGAAUGUGUCUUUAUCAAUCUAAUUUGAUCUUUUAAUCAUAA